CCUGUUAUAGAAAAUGGCACUUGAUUUGUUACUUAUCAGUUUAAGGUACCUGUAUACUGCUUUUCAAGUAAACCUCACACAGCAGUUUACAAAAGAUUAUUUACAAGCAUUGAUUAAAAAUAGGAUAAAACUGAAAGACUAUGAUUUUAAAAAGCAGAGUGAACAGUUUGCAUGCUGGCAGCUCUUUUAGAUGGCUAACUUAACUACAAGAUCACAAACUGCAGUACAGUAACACCAGCUAUGUUUGCUGCAUCAUAAAUAUGUAAGCACCUGCCUCUCAUUGAAGAAUGCUCUCUGUAAGGCACACAGUCUAUCCAGCCUCCCUAAUAAAAAACAACAGAGAGAUGGUUUUGCAGUCUGGCAGAAGGAUUGUGCAAUUCUGAGAUUAGUGGCUAAAACAAAACUGGCAGAUGGAGUUGCAUUCUUUUUAUCCAAUGGCUUUCUGCAAAAGCACUCGUUUAGGACCCAGUGGAAAUGUUGCCAGAUAGGACUAACUUCUUCAUGAGUAAUGGCCAAUCCCUGAGCAGCAAGGAAAGGAAGAGCUCUGAGUAGGAAGCCCUGGAAAGCAGGUUUAAAAUAUUAAAGCAGAAAAGCAGUUUUCUUUCUAACAAUGAUCACUCUGAUAAAUGUGAGAUGCUGGAGAUGCAGCUGAUUCAAUGUUUAAACCAGCGUGUACUUACACGGCAGGCGGUUACGGGACUGAAGGACAGUGGAGGAGUGAUUCCCACGGAAUGCCUUAUUUUGCAAAACUAAUUUUGCUGAUCAUUUGUUUGUUCUUCCUUGUGGAGAGCCGAAAGCACAGGAAAAGGAGAUGGACAGGACAAGUAGAGCUGCCGCAAAUAAGUCACAUAUAUAAGAAGAACCAUGACAUGACCAAAACUCGGACAGGAAAAAGUGAACAGCUCCUGAGGGUAGAUGACCAUGAUUUCACCAUGAGGCCAGCCUUUGGAGGCCCUGCUAUUCCUGUUGGGGUGGACGUGCAGGUUGAAAGUUUGGACAGUAUUUCUGAGGUUGAUAUGGACUUUACGAUGACACUGUACCUGAGGCAUUACUGGAAGGAUGAGCGCCUCUCCUUUCCCAGUCAUACUAACAAAAGCAUGACUUUUGAUGGAAGGCUGGUGAAGAAGAUCUGGGUGCCAGAUGUCUUCUUCGUUCACUCAAAGAGAUCCUUCAUUCAUGACACAACCACUGACAACAUCAUGCUGCGUGUGUUCCCAGAUGGCCAUGUGCUCUAUAGUAUGAGGAUCACGGUUACAGCCAUGUGCAACAUGGACUUCAGCAGAUUUCCACUAGAUUCGCAGACUUGUACUCUGGAGCUCGAAAGCUAUGCUUACACAGAUGAAGAUCUGAUGCUGUACUGGAAAAAUGGGAAUGAAUCUCUAAAAACAGAUGAGAAAAUCUCCUUGUCUCAGUUCUUGAUACAAAAAUUUCAUACAACCUCCAGACUCGCUUUCUAUAGUAGCACUGGUUGGUACAAUCGCUUGUACAUUAACUUCACGUUACGUCGCCACAUCUUUUUCUUUUUGCUGCAAACAUAUUUUCCAGCCACACUCAUGGUCAUGCUAUCUUGGGUGUCAUUCUGGAUCGAUCGCAGGGCUGUGCCUGCUAGAGUAUCAUUAGGGAUCACAACGGUGCUGACCAUGUCUACCAUCAUCACGGGCGUCAAUGCCUCCAUGCCUCGAGUUUCUUACAUCAAGGCUGUGGACAUUUACCUCUGGGUCAGUUUUGUGUUCGUCUUCCUUUCGGUGAUAGAGUACGCAGCCGUGAACUACCUGACCACUGUGCAAGAGCGAAAGCAGAGGAAGCUGCGAGAAAAGAGCUUUCAAGCUGACUCCGAAUCCCUGACACCACAAAAGCAGGAGUUGGUGAUAGUAGGAACAACAGAGGGAAGGAAACUAAGAUCAGAACUGGGGAAGUCUGCAACCUGGGACUUUGGCAAAGACAAUAUAGGGAGGUUUCCAUGCACGUGUGGAAUACCUUCUACCAAAACUAUGAUGCUGGAUGGUAUUUACAGUGAAUCCGAUACCAAUAGCCUAGAAGGGUACCCAAGAGGCCAGAUGGUGGCUGAGGAGGAUAAGCAAGACAAGAUGGUGGUCCAUUUGGCCCUGAAUAAUGAGUCCAACUCAUCAAGGAAGAAAGGGCUGAAGGGACUCCGUAUCAUGCAAAACACACACGCCAUUGACAAAUACUCAAGAGUAAUAUUUCCAGGCACCUAUAUAUUUUUUAAUUUAAUAUACUGGUCUGUCUUUUGCUGAAAAUGCUAAGGCAGUGAUUUCCCCAGGAGAUACUUUAAAGACCACUGUGAGUUUCGAGGCUUUUUGGCCUCUGAGAGAGAAAGCAAUCCCGUCCAGUUCCACCUUUGGAGUGUGAGUGUAUUGGAAAGGAGGCACUGCAGCACACAGUGCUAUUUGGAGACCGUUCACCUGUGCCAGUUAAUUUAGGCUUCCCAUUCCUUUGUUAAUUUUUGAUAGUCUUGACUUUCAUACUUGAAAACAUGCACCUGUUGGCUUUGGAUCUCAGUCACUACAUGUGUCUUCUACAAGUGGAUGCUGGAAAUAGGAU